AUGGUGGUGGCAACAGGCCACAAGAGAUCUUAUGUUUAUGUGUCAGAAUUUGAGGUUGCCAAGGGUUCACUGAGACAGACUAUGCACAAAGUAGUUGCAUAUGGUUCAAGGCGAUACCUUAGACGACCAGCAGCAUUAAUGGCCAAAACAGAUCAGAAGAAUCUCCCAUCACCUCAAGUUAAACAGUUGAGAAGUACAAAAAAGGGAAACGAGAAUUUGAUAGGCCAUCGAGUUCAUACCUCAGCUGUCAGAUGUUUAGGCGAGCUGGUGAAGUCGCAUAGGCGAAUUAGUGCAUUGAAGGGUACAGGUUCUAUUUCUAGUGUGGCGACAUACUUGAGUGGGAGUGCCAAAUCAUCAGGGGAAUCUUCUUUCAGAAGUCAUUGGAUUCGAUCGAGAAACGGCGUCUCUGUCUUAGGCCUUGCGGUGGUGAAUCAGCUCCUGCAGCGUGGAUAUUCCGUUCGGAUCGUCCUCGAUAAUCCAGAAGACAUUGAAAAAGUGAGGGAGAUGGAAUCCGAAGCAGGAGGAGUUGGCGUUAAAGUGUCGACAGUGGCGGCUAAGUUGAGGGAGGGCGAUGGGUUGGCCUUAGCCAUUGCUUUCGAAGGCUGUCGCGGCGUCUUCCACACCUCUUCUUUCAUCGACCCUGCUGGCCUUACUGGCUACUCGAAAGCCAUGGUGGAGGUAGAAGAGAAGGUGAGUGAGAAUGUUGUGGAGGCCUGUGCAAGAACAUCCUCAGUAAGAUACUGUGUGUUUACCUCUUCACUUUUAGCCUGCAUAUGGCGCAGCGGUACCCGACCCGAGCUCCCACCGGUUGUCGAUCACGACUGUUGGAGCGAUCAAUCGUUAUGUGUUGACAAAAAAUUAUGGUAUGCUCUGGGGAAGCUGAGGGCAGAGAAGGCAGCAUGGAGAAUUGCAAAAGAAAGAGAUUUAAAGCUGGUCACCAUCUGUCCUGGCUUCGUUACUUCUCCUAACCUUUCUAUCAGAAACUCAACACCAACCAUUGCUUAUCUCAAAGGAGCCCCCGAAAUGUUCGAUCUCGGGAUACUAGCGACAGUGAGCGUGCAGAGAUUGGCAGAGGCACAUGUGAAUGUGUACGAGGCCAUGGGAGAAAACAGGGCACAUGGAAGAUACAUUUGCUUCGAUCAAAUAAUCACAACACAGGCUGAGGCUGAGGAUUUGGCCACAGAAAUAGGAGUGGAUGUGACCAAAAUUUACCAAUCCCAGGAAGCAUCAACAAGUGGAAGUGCUUCUGGAUCUAAAUUUGACCAAGCAUGGAUGGAAAUCUCAAGGUGUGAGAGAGUAAUGUAGAUAUAAUUUUGGAAAGAU